UGUGCUGCACGCACCACCACACGCUGCUGCACUCUCUCGCUCUCUUCCUCUCGUCCUCCUUGUAAGUAGUUCUACAAUGAAUGCUGCAGGGAGAUUCUGCGGCGCUGCCAGUGUAGCUGUCAAUCGUCACUGUCGGCUUCGGCGAAAAGUGAUCUCCGCUGCAACAGCAGCAAUGCCUCCGCGGAGUGCUGCGGGUUCUCGGAUUGUAAGACAAGCCUCCAGUGCCACCACGCCUCCUGAUGACGACGUCCUGUACCUUCCGAUGCCCAAGCUUUCCCCCAGCAUGACGCGAGCCACCGUGACCAAGUGGCUCAAGGCGGAAGGGGACGAGAUCAACGAGUACGACGCCAUCUUGGAGCUCAGCACGGACUCGCUCUACGCCCUAGGGGACGCGCCGGUGGAGGGGGGCACGGUCGACAUGGUCGUCGAGCUCGCAGAGUGCGGCUUCGUGGGGAAGCUUUUCGUCGCCGAGGGGGACACCGUAGAGGUGGGGCAAGCGGUGAUGGCGAUGUGCGAAGAAGUGGAGAACGUACGGGCGCUGAGCGGGGUCACAAGCCCCGGGGUUGAUUGCUACGGCGGGGCCGGCGAGGGCCUUAGAAUAGCAACGUACCAGGGCUACCUCAAUCACAAGACGCCUGCGGAGUAGGACGUGCGUAUGUGUAUUAAUCGCAAAUAGACCUACAACUGCUAUGUAGCUGUGCAGUGGACGAUUUCUCGGCCCGGUAGAGCCAAUCAGGUUGCCGUUGGUAAGGUCAGCAGGUCAGCGGAGUGUUGUCCUUGUGGGACCUAGUCUAUCAUAAGGAGAAAAGGGCAUUGAAGUGGUGCAACGGUAAUGACUCGGACUCUUAUUCGGACUGAUGCACUGAUUUGGCCAACUGAACACGUGCGAGUUGGCACCACGAGAGUUAUCAUGGCUUUUGAGCGU